ACACAAAUAUUAAAAAGUGGAAGGUAUCGAAAGAAACAAGAAAGAGACACUUCUUCCAAGUCAUCUUCCACAAAUCUUCCACUUCCUUUUUUUUUUUGUUUCUCUCCUUCUAGAUUUCAAGAUCUGCAUCUUCUCAACAAAGAAAAUGGAAACCAUCUUUCUAAGCUAGACAACAAGACCACCAAAGCCCACUAAAACCACUCCAUCUUUGAAUAUCUCAUGAAUCUUUAGCAGACGCACUCUCCCUUUUCUUGAUAAUUUCCGAGAACCAUAAACGAACUCUCUUUUUAUAGUGUUUGGUAAAGCUUCUGAAAAGCGAAAGACUCAGAACCCCAUCAUUCAUUUAACUUCUCUCCAUUUCCCAAUCAAAAUCUCUCUCAGCUUUCUUUCAUACCCAUAAAUCUAUCCAUCCACACUCAUUACCUACUCAACACCAUCAUUAACAACAAGAGCUAGCCAAGAAAAAGUAAAACCCUUUUCUUGAGUUCACUAAAGAUGCGAACCUUUCUCACAAUCUUUCUCUCUACAUCCUUAUUCACUCUCUCUCUUUCAAGCUUCCUAGCUGAGCCAGUUUCUGGCCAAAACCAGCCUCUAAAACCAGGAGACUAUUCAAACACCAACACUGUCCCUGCAUUUCCAGUCCAAACUGAGUCUCAAAUUUGCCACUUGGACCUCUCAGCUGAACUUUUUGGUGGUGUGAAUGAUGCAUGUGGUCGAGACCUUGACCGUAGCCGGUGCUGUCCAGUUCUUGCAGCUUGGCUCUUUGCAGCUCAUGCAAGGUCAGCCCUUCAAGUCCACGCUUCAGCCCCGACACCAUCACCUGAUUUUCCAAUGAUGCCUGAUGAUUCACAAAAAUGUGUGAAUUCAUUACAAAGUGCACUUUUGACUAAAAAUGUGAAGUUGCCACAGCCUAAUGCUAGCUGUGAUGCUAUACUGUGUUUUUGUGGGAUUAGACUUCAUCAUAUUAGUUCAAUUAGUUGUCCUGCUGCUUUUAAUGUGAGUUCUGGGUUUCAUAAUGCAACUCCUACUGCUGCUGUCACGAAUUUGGAGAAGAAUUGCAAGAAUUCCUCUUAUGCAGGGUGUACCAAGUGCCUUGGUGCCCUCCAAAAGCUGAAGGCCAAGAAUGGAACCCAAGAAAAGAGCACAAGAGAUGAGAGGGCAAGCAAGAUGUUCAACAGGGAUUGCCAGCUAAUGGGUCUAACUUGGCUCCUUGCAAGAAACAAAACUGAGUACAUACCAACUGUUUCUGCUGUUUUAAGAGCCAUAAUGUAUAGCACACACCCACCAGUGCUUGAAUCCAAGUGUAGCCCUGAUCAAGAGAACAUGCCUUUGGCUGUUGAUUCACUUCAAUUUGAGAAGACACAGUCAUCGUCUUCCUCAAGAUCAACAUCAUCAUGGCCUGGUUUUUGUUUUCUUGUUUUACCCCUAAUGAUUCUAGCUAGGGGUUGGUGAAGGCCCUAUACUACUGUACUUUUAGCCCUAGACCCUGUAAUUCUUUUGGUGGUACAUUAUUUUGUUCUAGGGCAAUCACUUGAAGCUAGCACUAAAACGGGCUAUUUGUCGUUUAGCCCUCUGUAAAUUUCAGCUCGUUUUUGCCGGAGUCUGUUCAUUGACAUCUUUUAUAAGGAGGAACUCUCUGGGAUUGAUUCUUGUUAA